AUGUCUCCGGCGGCGCUGGGCAAGCGCACUCGAAGUGCUGCGGAAGCUGCUCUCGUCGAGACGCCGAGCAAGAGAAGCCGACAUCACGACGCGUACGCCGUCGGCGGUGGCGACGAAGAAAACGACGAUCCCGACGCCGAGCUUGACUCGCAGGAGGACAAGGUCGUUCAGGAGCUCCCGCGGAAGAGGCAGCGCGCGGCUUCGACGACCAAAGAGAACCCGGUGACGCCUUCGACGCCCCGGCACCGCGAUGCUUUCUCCCGAUACCCCGACACCCCGCGGCAUACGGUCAUGUCGGCCGGCAAGCUCUUCCGGCGCAUGACCCCACAAUCCCCUCUCACGCCGUCGACAAUUCAAACCGUCUACCAGUCGGCGCGUCAGCUCUUUGCGCGCGGCGCGGAACCCGGUCAGCUUAUCGGAAGGGAGUCGGAGCGAAGCCAGCUUGCCGCCUUUCUCGACCGCUGCUCCUCCGACUCUCCCCACGGCUGCCUCUACGUUAGCGGCGCGCCCGGCACGGGCAAGAGCGCAAUGAUCACGGAGAUGACCAAGCAGGGCCCCGAGCGCGCAGGCGUCCGGAGCGCCUUCAUCAACUGCAUGAGCAUCAAGUCAUCCAAGGACCUCUACACCACCCUCCUGGCCGAGCUCGGCUUCGACGGCAACGUGAGCGAGGCCGACGCCGUGUCGGCCCUGCAGCAAGCCUUCUGCCCAAAGUCGAAGCAGCCGUCGGCCGUCUACCAGGUGACGCUCGACGAGAUUGACCACAUUCUGACUAUGGGCCUCGAGAGCCUCUACCGCAUCUUCGAGUGGUCCCUACACGCCAGCUCGCGGCUCGUGCUCAUCGGCAUCGCCAACGCGCUCGACCUCACCGAACGGUUCCUGCCCCGGCUCAAGUCCAAGAAUCUAAAGGCGGACCUCCUGCCCUUCCUGCCCUAUACGGCGGCCCAGGUCAAGAACAUCAUCAUGACGCGGCUCAAGUCCCUGAUGCCGGCCGACAAGCAGAGCUACGUUCCCUUCCUCCACCCGGCCGCCAUUGAGCUCUGCUCCCGCAAGGUGUCGAGCCAGACGGGCGACCUACGCAAAGCCUUUGAGAUUUGCCGGCGGGCCUUGGACCUGAUCGAGGCCGAGACGCGAUGCAAGCACGAGGAGGAGGCGCGGGAGAAGCUGCUGCAGAUGACGCCUUCGAAGAAGCCGCUCGGGGAAAAGGUCAACGGAGCGGCGGCGACGUCGGGGCCGCGAAGCGUCAUGGAGACGAUGACGGCGUCGCUCAAGGCCCUCACGGCCGAGACGGCACCGAGAGCUUCCAUCGGUCACCUCAACAAGGUGACGGCGGCGGCCUUCAGCAACGGCACCAACCAGCGGCUCAAGACGUUGAACCUGCAGCAGAAGGCGGCCCUGUCGGCCCUCGUAGCGUACGAGAACCGGGCGCGAAGCGUGGCCAGGUCGGCGGGCGGGUCGACGGCAUCCAAGUCGCAAUCGCUCGCGCCAACCAUCAAGAUGCUCUUCGACGCCUAUUGCCAGCUGUGCACGCGAGAUUCGCUCCUGCACCCGCUCUCGAGCUCCGAGUUCCGGGAGGUCGUCGGCAGCUUGGAGACGCUCGGGCUCGUCAACACGGUCUUUGGGAAAUCCGGCAGCUUCGGCCUGGCCCAGACGCCGAGCAAGCGGGGUCGCAAGGGCACGGCCGGCAGCGGCGACGACCGACGAAUCGCCAGCUCGGUGAGCGACAAGGACAUGGAGUCGGUCGUCGAUGGCGUCGGCGCGGGCAUCCUGAAGAGCAUUCUCGCCGGCGAGGCCUUGGACUGA